AAACCUCGUUGUUUCGCUUUCAGAGGAGCGCCUUCACAGCUUAUCACAUGCCCAAAUCAUCUUUCCAUUGGAGGGGAGAGAAGAGAAGCCUAAACCCCAAAACAGAGAAAGAAAGAAAAUUAAAUUCCAGAUUAUUUUUCAAGAUUUCCCCCUUUCUUCUUCUGACAAUCUCAACUGACUUGGGUAAUUUUUUAUUCAUUCUUUCAUGUUGGUUUCUGGAAUCUCUCUGAGCUAAAGACCCGUCUUUGUUUUCAUUGUUCCCAUCUGGGUUUCCUCUCUCUUCAGUCAAAGAGUUACAGAUAGGUUUUGAUAUAAAAGUCUAUGCAUUCAGAAGAGAGAAUUUAGUUCAGUUUGAUUUGAUUUGAUUUGAGUCACAAAUGGAGAAAAGGAAAUGGUUGUGGAAGAGAAAGUUUGGCGAAAAAAGCCCUGGUGAAUCUGAAAGUUCUGGAUCAAUGUCUUCACACUCGGAGAGAUACUCUGAUGAUCAGGAAUUAGUAAAAGAAGUAUCACCUGGUCACAACAUUCAGUCACCAGAAGUAACGUCAAAAGCUGCAUUCAGCGAUGAUGAGAUUACCGAGACGAUGAUUAAGAGUUUGACAGCGAAACUGUCAGCUGCUCUUGUCAAUGUAAGUGCUAAAGAAGAUUUGGCUAAGCAACAUGCCAAAGUUGCUGAAGAAGCAGUUGCAGGUUGGGAGAAGGCUGAAAAUGAGGCUGUUUCUCUGAAACAACAACUUGAUGCAACAGUUGAACAAAAACUAGCAUUAGAAGGGCGAGUAUCCCAUCUAGAUGGUGCAUUAAAGGAAUGUGUUAGACAACUAAGACAGUCAAAAGAUGAUCAAGGGGAAAAGAUUCAUGAAUCCAUGUUUGAGAUGGCUCAUGAAUGGAAAUCCACCCGAACCGAUCUGGAAAAUCGGAUUGAGCAGCUCCAAACAGAGCUGGAUGAAGCAAAUAACAAAUCUCCUGUUCCAGUUGAUAAUACUGAUAUACUUCUUGAACUCCAGUCUCUAAAGCAAGAGAACGAUAUUCUCAAGUCCGAACUCCUUUCCCAAUCCGAAGAGCUGGAAAUUCGAAUCAUUGAGAGGGAUUUGAGUGCCCAAGUUGCUGAAACAGCCAGUAAGCAGAACUUGGAAAGCAUUAAAAAGGUGGCAAAGCUUGAGGCUGAUUGUCGAAGGUUACAAGCCAUUGCCCGUAAAUCAUCUUCCAUAAAUGGACCAGAACCGAAGUCGUCUGCAAGCCAUUGUCAGCUGAUGAAUGAGAAAUUAAUGGCUACAAGCCAUUGCCAGUAUGCAGUUGGCUCUCAUAUGGGGAUGGAUAUAAUGGAUGAUUUCUUGGAGAUGGAACGGCUUGCUUCAUUGCCUGAAACUCAGACGAAGACCGACAUUCAGAUGGUUAAUGAAGAAAGUCUUUUGAAACAAAAGGUUGAAGAAAUGAGUAACCGUGUGGCUGAGUUGGAAGAGAAUGUGAGAAAGAUUGAGGAACAAAAAGUUGAACUGGAGAAGGCCCUAACUUUGAGCCAAGAUAAUCUGAAAGAGGCUGAAACAAGAUUAGAGGAGAUGGAAAGUGAGCUAGCGAAUGCAACAGAGUCAAGGGAAUUGCUGGAGUUUCAACUCAUGGAUAUGGAAACUGAGAGACGUACCAUGUCUUCAAAUCUUGACUGCUUGAAUCAAGAGGUGGAAAAAGAACGAAGUUUAUCUGUGGAAAUGGCGAAAAAAUGUAAGCUCUUAGAAGAAGAAUUGACAAGAAAAACUCAGUCCUUGGAAUUGGAGAAAGCUGCUAUUUCAAAUACCAUGUCUUCAAAUCUUGACUGCUUGAAUCAAGAAGUGGAAAAAGAACGAAAUUUAUCUGUUGAAAUGACCAAAAAAUGUAAGCUUUUAGAAGAAGAAUUGACAAGAAAAACCCAGUGCAUGGAAUUGGAGAAAGCUGCUAUUUCAAAUGCCAAAUCGAAAAUACAACAGGAAGACAUAGAUGUCGCGGCUUGUAAGCUAUCGGAGUGCCAGAAAACAAUUGCUUCAUUGGGUAGACAGCUCGAGUCUCUAGCAACAUUGGAGGAUUUUUUGAUAGAUACUGCAAACAUACCAGGAUUCUCCAAGGCUGGUGCAAACAAACAUUUAUGGAAGUUACACUCUAACGAAGCAAUCACACCCAAAAAUGUUAAGGGAGCAUUAUUAAGAGAAGCCUCUUCUGCUCCUCUGGAAAAUGGUAAUAUUGAAUCACCAAUUUCUUCGACCUCAUCAUCUAAUUCUUCGUCAUCUGGACAACAUCAUCAUCAUCAUGUUUCUUCUGGUAAGACUCGAAACGGGUUUGGGAAAUUGUUCUCAAGAAGUAAGAGUGCGGUUCAGCUUGAAGACCCGCCAAAAGCAUAAACAUAGAUUGUUGUUGUUAGUUGUGUGAGUUCUAGAGAGAUUACUGUUUGUUUCAUACUAGAUUUAUUUGUUGAUUAAAUUCUGUUUAAUUGACAACAAAUGUAAAAUUCAGGAUCUCUACUGUUUUAUGGUUGAAUGAUCAUCAAGAGAUCCAUGUAUGACAGUAUCAAUCAUCAGGAUAAUGUUUCUUUCCUUUCCAAUAUUGGGAUUUUGUGUGAUCCAAAUUAUGUUUUUUUUUUUUUUAA